GCAACCUAAUCACACUGAAACAAUGAUUUAUUUUAUCUGGUUAGCAAAGAAAGAACAUAGCAGACUGCCUGUCUAAUUAAUCUGUGUAUUGAAAACUGUAAUUGUUUGAACUACUUAGGACGAAAGGAGUGGGGUUCAAGGCUACAUAUCCGUGGUUAUAAAGUGGUUUGUUGCAACUGGGAUAAUGGGGGCUACGAACAAGCUGGAAGACAAAAAUGUGGUUUCUGAUUCUGGCAGUGACUCGGACGACUCUGCGCCAGAAAUAGAAGAUUCUAAGGAACAAAGCGAUGCCAAAGUUUCACAUAUGGCCGACGAAUUACUCAGUCGAUGCAAGCAGUCCAGAAGUGAAAAAAAAGCUAGGAAAGCUAUGUCGAAGCUGGGAUUAAAAUUAGUACAGGGAGUUUGCCGCGUAACUAUACGGAAAGCAAAGACCAUUAUGUUUGUAAUCAAUAGGGCAGAGGUCUAUAAAUCAUCUGCCUCGGAUACAUACAUUAUAUUUGGUGAGGCUAAGGUAGAAGAUAUAUCAGCCCAAGCUCAGAUAGCUGCAGCUGAAAAACUUCGUAGUCAAGCUAUGGGAGGUGCUGAGUUAGGGACUUCCAGUGGUCUAUCAAAAGAUACAGUUUCAUCUAUCUCGAAGACUGCCAUCGCAGAAGAGUCUGAAGAUGAUGAAGAGCCUGACGCUACUGGAUUGGACGAGAAAGAUGUUGAACUCAUUAUGCAGCAAGCUGGUGUAUCGCGUGGCAAAGCUAUUCGAGCACUUCGUGAAAAUAACGAUGAUGUAGUCAAUGCUAUCAUGUCACUCACAGGAUAGCCGGAAAAUUAUAAUGACCUGUGAUUUGUGUCGUUAAUAAUUCAAUCAUUAUUUUUGAAAACUAUUUCUCACAGCAUCAUAUUCUUAGUAAAUUUUUUUUCACUGG